AUGCAGCAGACUCCCCUGCGGCUCUUCCAGACACUAUGGUCCGCAUUUCGAGCCGCGAAGCCAACGUCGAAACAGCUUCCACGACCUGUGCGAUUCAACUCUGCCGUCCCACGCUCUCCACAGAGAUGGAAUACUCAGUCCUCGAGGAUCAUAGUCCAAGCCCGCUUCUACAGCAAUAACAAGACUGAGAUUAACCGGAAGGCUGGGGAAGCGAAGUCACGAAUAGGCGAGAGCCUCGAUGCGAGGGUGGAAGCAGCUGCACAAUCCGAUCAGAAGCUCAGAGACGCUGAGCAUGAGGCUAUUGUUCAUACAAUCCCUGAGGCUUCCUCAACAGUCCACACCUCCGAAGAUGGUAUUCAUGGAGUGAAACACGGCAGCCCAUCCACACCACAACCACGGCCCCCGAACCAAUCAUCCUCAACAGCGGACAAAUUCCUUCCCUCAGAUUUCUCCCAACGGUACUCCCAGAUGCGAAAGCAAUUCACCCAUUUCAUGGACAACUUUCAAACCCACGUCUUCACUGCUUCUAAACGUCUCAAUGAUCUGACCGGGUAUAGUGGGAUCGAAGCCCUGAAGAAGGAGAUCGAAGUUCUUGAGACUGAAGUUCAGGCAUCGAGGAAGGCCGUCAAAGAGUCGCGGAACAUCUACUCGGAAGCUAUAGCUACGCGGAGUACAACGCAGAGAGAAGUCAAUGACCUGCUCCACAGGAAGCAUACGUGGUCUCCGACAGAUAUCGAGAGAUUCACAAAUCUAUACCGCAGUGACCAUGCAAACGAGCAGGCCGAGGCUGCUGCCCAAAAAGAUGUCGCCGAUGCAGAGGCAAGGUACGAAGAGGCAUCUACCAAGCUCGGCAAAUCCAUCCUAGCACGAUACCAUGAGGAACAGAUCUGGAGUGACAAGAUCCGGCAGAUGUCGACCUGGGGCACUUGGGGUCUCAUGGGGCUCAACGUUCUUUUGUUUGUCAUCUUUCAAAUCGCUAUCGAACCAUGGCGGCGACGGCGGUUGGUCAAAGGCUUCGAAGAAAAGGUCGAGAUCGCGCUCAAAGAGCGUGACGAUGAUCUGUUCAACGCUGCUACCGCCGCCGCACGAGCACCAACUCAAACUGUGCAGCCAAAUCAGUCCUCGGAGUCGGCACUCGCGGACCUUUCGCCACAGGACCAGACCGAAGCCGUAGCGGACAAUAUUGCGGAGCAAAUCGUCGAUGCCAUAUCUGGGGCGAGCGAUGUGGAAGCUCAGCCUGUAGCACCCCCAUCGACACCCAUCUCGCCCUCCCUCCAACCACCCACGGCCAGCACGAUCGAAGCAGCCGCCGAACAGUUAACAGCACACGACCUUACGAAAGAAGAAAUCACUCAAGGUCACCCCGCAUCUCCUAUUCCAAUUGAGGCCCUGGACCCCCAGCCACCUACUAGCUCAACAGAAUCCCCUUCGUCGCCGUUGUCUGCAUCAGCAUCGCGAUGGACAGCUUCAUCUUCACCGUUCGCAUCGUACGAAGACUGGAUCCGUUCCCGCUUUAGCGAUGAUAGGCACGUGCUCCUGACCCAGCGUGAGCUGAGUACCGUUGCUAUGGAAGGUUUCGCUGGCGGAAUGGCGUUGAUGGGGUUGUUGUUCGUGUUGUUGAGACCGCGAUAG